AAGAUCAAAGGAUCCUUCAUGCCGGCAUCGCGCCACUCCUGGAACCUCUCCAAACUGGUGUUGGCAUGGGUGCACAGCCAGGAUCGCAAGGGUGAGAGGCGACGAUUUAGCUGGGGAAGAAGGCUCAAACUUGGCCCUUGGAUAGCGCAGGAUCUGACAACCCUCGGAUCGCCGGAAGAUUCGCCUCGAUCGCCUGGGUCCACUGACAAUGAAGUUUUGCAGCAUGAACGGCCCAAGUGAAUCGGAAGUUGAGAGCCUGCUGAUGAGCCCAUGCUGGGGACCGCCCCAGACCUCCGCCCAGGAUCAGUACCUGCUCGAUGGCCACAAGCUGUUGCUGGAGCACGACCUGGACUCCCUGCCCAGCGAUGCGGAUCAGAAGAAUUCGCUGGACGUCCUCGACAAUCUGCUGCUGAACGGAUCGUCCCUGAAUGCCCUGUCCGAUCUGAAACCCCUGCCGCCCUUCACCGGCUACACGGGCCAUCUGUCCAUCAAUGGUAUCUCCGGCCACCAUUACCAUGCCAUCGCCCAACGGCUGCCGGAUGAGAGCAACAACAACUACAUGCAGAGUGCCUAUCACCCGCAGAACAACCAAUCGAAUCCCACAUCCACCACGCAAUCGAAUGGGGGCAGCAAUAGCAGCUCCAACUCCAACGAGCACAACAUAGUCUCCUCCUCCACCUGCUUACCAGAAAGUGUCCUGAGUGGGAGUGGCGGUGGGGGCAACGAUGCCUGCCUGGCGGACGUGAAGCUCUUCGCCGAUAGUCAACUAGAUUCUAAGCUUUACUCGGUGGCCGAUAGCUGUGUGAUGAAUGGUACCGGCUCGGGAUCGUCGGUUAAUGGUGGUUCUGGAGCCGGCAAUCCCAGCAUAGCCACCUUAACGCCCAUCGAUCAGGUGGCCGAUUCCCUGCACAAUUCCGGCGUACGGAUCUACAAGGAUCUGACGGAGUAUGUGGACAUGAAUUCCAUAGAUGAUAUAGCCGCCAUUAUAGGUUCCGCCAUUGCGGACACCACGGUGCCCAAUCAGCUGGACAAGGAUGAUAACAACGAUACGCGGGACAGCUGGAUGGAUCUCGAUGCCUGGAUCGAUGGCAAUUGCAUACAGCAGGAGUCGGCCAAGGUUCUGGUGUCGCAGCAGGAUUCCCUGGGGGAUUUCAUGCUGCCACACAGUCCGCUGCCCAUGCACGCCAGCAGUUCCACGCUCCAGAGUUUACUGAGCCACGGGUAUAUGCCCCUGCUGCAGAAUAGGCUGCAGAACGGUCCACCCAAUGGCAAUUCUUCGGGCGGAGGAGCCGGAAAUCCUGGAGCGGGACUCAAGGGGGAUCCCCAGGCGCCCACAUCUACCUCGUACUGCAACGAACUGGCGGCAGCCACCAGCAGCAGUUGCAGUCCACCCGGUUCGGUGGUCAGCACAACGGACAAUCCGAAUGGUCUGAUGAUCAAUCCGCGGUAUUUGAGCAAUCCGACCAAUAACCAGGCGACGGGGAAUCAUCCCCACCAGCAGGGUGGCUACUCCAUGCAGAAUUCGGGCCUGUCCCUCAAGGAUAAUGGCCUGUGUUCCCCGGAUCUCUUGGGCAACUAUCCGCAUACGACGACGGCCAGCACGACGGGUUCGGAGAUGAGAACUGGGGCGCCCAAGGCCAAGAGAUCCCGAUCCCAGAAGAAGUCCAACCAGCAGCAACAGCAGCAGCAGCAACAGCAGCAGCAACAGCAGCAGGGCGAGGGCGGUGGACCACCGACCACGCCCCAAAUGAGCGCCAUCUCACCAUCCGGCUUCAGUGCCAGCGAUCUGAGUGGCCUUCUGGGCAAGGAGAAGCCCGUCCAUCGGUGCAGCAUCUGCAAUCGGGGAUUCCUCAACAAGUCCAACAUCAAGGUGCAUUUGCGCACCCACACGGGCGAGAAACCCUUCCGCUGCGACGUCUGCGCCAAGGCCUUUCGCCAGAAGGCGCACCUGCUCAAACAUCAACAGAUACACAAGAGAAUUGGGCGUGACUGACGCUCCUCCACGAGCUUUAUGUUAUAGCCGAACAACCAAGUAGCAUCUCCCAGGGAGAAGCGCCAUGCGCAGCACAGAAAACUAAGAUUAGAUAUGG